UAGCCGUUUAUUCUGAACCACAUAGAGGCGGUCAGGAAAUGAGAAAUCCUUUCUAAAGCCACACCUUCAUCUUUGUCUCCCUUGGUUUCAUAUUCCAUUCCAUGGCUUUCGCUGCUGCUCCUCAGGCCUCACACACUUUGAGCUUACUUGGUAGCCCAAAAUCAAGAAGAGCAGCAACAACAACCAGAAACUCGAGCCGCCAUGUGAAUUAUGUUGGUACUUUUCAUGUGCAUGCAUCAACCUCAUCGUCACAAGCUGAGGGUCCAAGCAAGCGAGAAAGACCCCCACCGGCGCCGGGUAUAGAUACAAGAAUACACUGGGACAACGAAGAUGAAGGCUGGAUUGGAGGAAGCAGCAGCAAGACGAAUGGCAAAACACAACAAGUGGAGCAAGAGCAGCACAAGGAUGUCUGGGGAAACAAGUUUGCUGAUUUGCUCGAUGACUCGGCUGAUUCGCACUACCAGUUUUUAGGAGUAUCAGCAGAAGCUGAUAUAGAAGAAAUCAAAGCUGCUUAUCGAAGACUGUCCAAAGAGUACCAUCCAGACACCACUUCUCUUCCACUAAAGACUGCGUCCGACAAGUUUGUUAGGCUAAGAGAAAUUUAUGAUGUGUUGAGUAACGAAGAGAGCCGCAGAUUUUACAAUUGGACACUUGCUCAAGAGGCUGCAAGCCGCCAGGCUGAAAUGAUGAGAAUGAGGUUGGAGGAUCCUUAUGUGAAAGAAGUGGAGACGUAUGAACCUAUCCCGGACAUGGUGGAUCGUCUUGGUGGAAGGAACAUGGCCCUUGGCGAUCAAGCAGUGACAGCCCUUACCAUUGAUGUUUUCAUCAUCAUCUUUGCUAUUUGUUGUAUUGUAUAUGUGAUCGUAUUCAAGGAGCCAUAUUACUAGCUAGUUUGAUAUAUAUAUAGCUUAUAACUGAUGCAAUGUGCACAUUAUGAUUCGACAAAAUUGCACAUAAGUAUAGGUGAAAUUGAUCAUGAACUAUAUUUUGUCAA